GGGGGAGGAAUGGAGUGUCGAGGGAGGCAGGGGGCCGCUUCACCCUUCCACACAAGUUCCUCCUGACCCAGCUUCAGCUUGGGAAGCGGACCCUGGGUGCGGCGAGGACCUCCUUCGAGUCACGCUGGGGAGGGUGCGGACGGACGUGUGUGCGGUGUGUAUGGAUCUGUCCACCAGCAAAGCAGCAAAACCACCCCUCCAACGAGCCUGAAGCUCCCCCAAACCCGGCUGGAUCAAGAGGCGACCCAGGGGGCAGACAGACCUCACUGAGUGAAAGCAAAGACCCUCUCCGCCCCACCUGCCUUUGCUGCUGUCACGGCAUCGACCCCGCCUGUAAGAAGGGGGUCCUGCAGCUCCCGUGGUGUGUGUUGGAAUGGACUUCGGAUCCCGGCUUCUUGGGAUGCAAAGGAUGAAGUGACACCCAUACUGCCAGAGAGGAGCCUCCAGGACCGGCGACAAGAGUUUGGGACCAAAGAGAGGAGAAUGGAUCUUGGUACAGCUGAAGGCACCCGGUGCUCCGACCCGCCCGCAGGCAAGCCCGCGAUGGCAGCCAAGCGCAAAGGCGGCCUAAAGCUCAACGCCAUCUGCGCCAAGCUGAGCCGCCAGGUGGUGGUGGAGAAGGGGGCCGAGGCCGGCUCCCGCGCCGAGGGCAGCCCGCUGCGGCCCCGGGACAAAGAGCGAAGUGGCCCCGAGGCGGGGGUGGCGCGUCCCCCCCGCAGCGAAGAAGACAAGAGGCGGGCGGUGAUCGAGAAGUGGGUCAACGGGGAGUACAGCGAGGAGCCGGUGCCCGUGCCCAUGCUGGGGCGGAUCGCCCGGGAGGGCCUGGAGCUGCCCCCCGAGGGCGUCUACAUGGUGCAGCCCCAGGGCUGCAGCGACGAGGAAGACCACGGCGAAGAGCCCGCCAAGGACGGCACUGUCGUGGAGGAGAAGGACUCGGACGGGGCAGCCUCCAAGGAUGACAGUGGCCCCACUGCCAAGCAGGCUUCAGGAGAGGCCUCCUCGCUGCGGGACUAUGCGGCCUCCACCAUGACCGAGUUCCUGGGCAUGUUUGGCUACGACGACCAGAACACGAGGGAUGAGCUGGCCAGGAAGAUCAGCUUCGAGAAGCUGCAUGCGGGAUCCGCCCCCGAGGCCGCCACCUCCUCCGUGCUGCCUGCCUCCGAGGACGCCCUCAGCAAGCGGGCGCGCUUCUCCAAGUACGAGGAGUACAUCCGCAAGCUCAAGGCUGGCGAGCAGCUGUCCUGGCCGGCCCACGGCGCCGUGGCUGAGGCCCGGGCCGGCAAGGAGGGGGUGGGCCCGCUGCCGGGCCUGCGGCUGCCCAGCAGCACCACACACCUGGAGACCAAGGCCACCAUCCUGCCCCUGCCCUCCCACAGCAGUGUCCCCAUGCAGGGCCUGGUGGCCCGAGCCUCCAAGUACGACUUCUUCAUCCAGAAGCUGAAGACGGGCGAGACCCUGCGGCCCCAGAACGGGAGCGCCUACAAGAAGCCGUCCAAGUACGACCUGGAGAACGUCAAGUACCUGCACCUCUUCAAACCUGGGGAGGGCAGCCCCGACAUGGGCGGGGCCAUCGCCUUCAAGACGGGCAAGGUGGGCCGGCCCUCCAAGUACGACGUCCGGGCCAUCCAGAAGCCCGGCCCCGCCAAGGGUCUGCCCACCCCCAGCCUGGCUCCUGCACCCCUUGCCAGCGUGCCCACUGCUCCCAGCGCCCCCGGACCGGGCCCCGAGCCGCCUGCCUCCCUGCCUUUCAGCAGUCCCGAGUACCUGAAGUCAACCUUCUCCAAAACAGACUCCAUCACCACGGGAACCGUCUCCACCGUCAAGAAUGGAUUGCCCACAGAUAAACCAGCUGUCACCGAAGAUGUAAACAUUUACCAGAAAUAUAUUGCCAGGUUCUCAGGCAGCCAGCACUGCGGCCACAUCCACUGCGCCUACCAGUACCGCGAGCACUACCACUGCCUCGACCCCGAGUGCAACUACCAGAGGUUCACGAGCAAGCAGGACGUGAUCCGUCAUUACAACAUGCACAAGAAGCGCGACAACUCCCUGCAGCACGGCUUCAUGCGCUUCAGCCCGCUGGACGACUGCAGCGUCUACUACCACGGCUGCCACCUCAACGGGAAGAGCACCCACUACCACUGCAUGCAGGUGGGCUGUAACAAGGUGUAUACGAGCACGUCGGACGUGAUGACCCAUGAGAACUUCCAUAAGAAGAACACCCAGCUCAUCAACGAUGGUUUCCAGCGCUUCCGAGCCACCGAGGACUGCGGCACGACCGACUGCCAGUUCUACGGGCAGAAGACCACGCACUUCCACUGCCGGCGCCCCGGCUGCACAUUCACCUUCAAGAACAAGUGUGACAUCGAGAAGCACAAAAGCUACCACAUCAAGGACGACGCCUACGCCAAGGAUGGCUUCAAGAAGUUCUACAAGUACGAGGAGUGCAAGUACGAGGGCUGCGUGUACAGCAAGGCCACCAACCACUUCCACUGCAUCCGUGCCGGCUGCGGCUUCACCUUCACCUCCACCAGCCAGAUGACCUCGCACAAGCGUAAGCACGAGCGCCGGCACAUCCGCGCCUCUGGCUCUGGUGUGCUGGGGCUGCCGCCCUCACUGCUGGGCGCCAAGGACACGGAGCACGAGGAGUCCAGCAACGACGACCUGGUCGACUUCUCUGCCUUGAGCAGCAAGAACUCCAGCCUGAGCGCCUCCCCCACCAGCCAGCAGUCCUCCGCCUCCCUGGCCGCCGCCACAGCCACCUCCGAGGCGGUGCCCGGCGCCACCAAGCCUCCCAACAGCAAGAUCUCGGGGCUCCUGGCCCAGGGCCUGCCUGGCUCCAUCCCCCUCGCGCUGGCCCUCUCCAACUCGGGGCUGCCCACCUCCGCGUCCUACUUCCCCAUCCUUCCGGGCCGAGGCAGCGCCUCCCUGCCUGUGGGGGCCCCCGGCCUCAUGGGUACCAUGUCGUCUGGAACAGUAGCCUCGGUGACCCCCGACACGCCCGCCCUGGCUGCCUCAGGAGCUGGCGACUCGGCCCCAGCGGCGGUGGCAGCAGUGGCGGCCACCUCUGUCCCGGUGCCCCCCGCCUCCAUCAUGGAGAGGAUCUCUGCGAGCAAGGGCCUCAUCUCGCCCAUGAUGGCCCGGUUGGCUGCGGCCGCCCUCAAACCCUCUGCCACCUUUGACCCAGGAAACGGGCAGCAGGCCACCCCGGCCAGGUUCCCCCCAGCCCAGGUGAAGCAGGAGCCCGGUGAGAGUGCUGGCGCCCCAGGUCCCCACGAGGCCUCCCAGGACCGCAGUUUAGACCUGACUCUGAAGGAGCCCAGUAAUGAAUCAAAUGGCCACGCAGUCCCGGCAAAUUCAUCUCUUUUAUCCUCGCUUAUGAAUAAGAUGUCUCAGGGCAACCCCAACCUCGGCGGCCUGUUGAACAUUAAGACGGAAGUGGAGGGGAGCCCCGGUGGGGAAUCCUCCCCCUUCCUGGGCAAGGCCGUGAAGGCGCUGGUUCAGGAGAAGCUGUCGGAACCCUGGAAGGUGUACCUUCGCAGGUUUGGCACCAAGGACCUGUGUGACGUCCAGUGCGACUUCCUUCACAAGGCCCACUUCCACUGCGUGGUGGAGGAGUGCGGCGCGCUCUUCAGCACCCUGGACGGGGCCAUCAAGCACGCCAACUUCCAUUUCCGGACAGAGGGAGGAGCAGUGAAGGGCAAUGCAGAGGCUUCCUUCCCAGCCUCGGCAGCUGAGACCAAACCCUCCUUGGCCCCCGCGUCCCCUCCAGCGCCUCCCGUCACCGCGGCCACCGUUUCCUCUCUGGAGGGGCCCGCUCCCAACCCAGCCGCCGUGCCCUCCACCCCCACCCUGCUCGCCUGGAAGCAGCUGGCUUCCACCAUACCCCAGAUGCCUCAGAUUCCAGCGUCAGUGCCUCACCUGCCCACUUCGCCCUUGGCAACGACUUCUCUAGAGAACGCCAAGCCCCAGGUCAAACCCGGAUUCCUCCAGUUCCAGGAGAACGAUCCUUGCCUCGCAACGGACUGCAAGUAUGCCAACAAGUUCCACUUCCACUGUCUCUUUGGGAACUGCAAGUAUGUCUGCAAAACCUCUGGCAAGGCCGAGUCCCACUGCCUGGACCACAUCAACCCCAACAACAACCUGGUGAACGUGCGAGACCAGUUUGCUUACUACUCCCUGCAGUGCCUCUGUCCCAACCAGCACUGCGAGUUCCGGAUGCGCGGGCACUACCACUGUCUCCGGAGCGGCUGCUACUUUGUGACCAACAUCACCACCAAGCUGCCGUGGCACAUAAAGAAGCACGAGAAAGCCGAGCGGCGGGCAGCCAACGGAUUCAAGUACUUCACCAAGCGUGAGGAGUGCGGCAGGCUAGGCUGCAAGUACAACCAGGUGAACAGCCACUUCCACUGCAUCCGCGAGGGCUGCCAGUUCUCCUUCCUCCUCAAGCACCAGAUGACCUCCCAUGCCCGGAAGCACAUGCGGAGGAUGCUGGGGAAGAACUUCGAUCGCGUGCCCUCCUCCCAGGGCCCCCCGAGCCUGAUGGACACGGAGACGGACGAGUACAUGGAUUACACCGGCUGCAGCCCGGGCGCCAUGUCCUCCGAGUCCUCCACCAUGGACCGCAGCUGCUCCAGCACCCCUGUGGGCAACGAGAGCACCGCAGCAGGCUGCCCGGCUCCUCCUCCUCCUCCUCCUCUUCCUCCUCCUGCUGCCGCUGGUGACGAGGCUGCCCGUGUGGCUCCGCCGCCCCCGCUGACCCCAUCCUUCUCGCCAGCCGCGCUCCGGUCCCCCCUGCCCUCCCUCCCACGCCUCCUUUCUCCACCCUGUCUCUCAUACUCUCUGCUCAGUGCCACUCUCGGAGCCACCCGGGGCCUGGCCCACCCCAUCAGCAGCCCGCCCAGCUUCCCGCCCAUCACUGCCACUCCAACUCCAGUAAAAAGUGACGUCCCCCUAGUUCAGGACGCCGCAGGGAACACCAUCUCCAUGCCGACAGCCUCCGGGGCCAAAAAGCGCUUCUGGAUCAUCGAGGACAUGUCACCGUUUGGCAAGCGGCGCAAGACGGCCUCCUCUCGCAAGAUGCUGGACGAGGGCAUGAUGCUGGAGGGCUUCCGGCGCUUCGACCUCUACGAGGACUGCAAGGAUGCGGCCUGCCAGUUCUCGCUCAAGGUCACCCACUACCACUGCACGCGGGAGAACUGCGGCUACAAGUUCUGCGGGCGCACGCACAUGUACAAGCACGCGCAGCACCACGACCGCGUGGACAACCUGGUGCUGGACGACUUCAAGCGCUUCAAGGCCUCGCUCAGCUGCCACUUCGCCGACUGCCCCUUCUCGGGCACCAGCACGCACUUCCACUGCCUGCGCUGCCGCUUCCGCUGCACCGACAGCACCAAGGUCACGGCGCACCGCAAGCACCACGGCAAGCAGGACGUGAUCAGCGCCGCGGGCUUCUGCCAGUUCAGCUCGAGCGCCGACUGCGCCGUGCCCGACUGCAAGUACAAGCUCAAGUGCUCGCACUUCCACUGCACCUACCCCGGCUGCCGCCACACGGUCGUGGGCAUGUCGCAGAUGGACUCGCACAAGCGCAAGCACGAGAAGCAGGAGCGCGGCGAGCCGCCCGCCGCCUCCCCCGGCGCCGAGGGCCCCGCGCCCGGCCCUGCCGCCUGCCUGGACGGCGCGCCCCCGCCCGGCGCCGAGCCCGCGGCCGCCGCCGCGCUGCUCUUCCUGCCCGCGGCCGCCGCCGCCGCUGGCGACCCCGGCCCGCCCGACGCCCCCGGGCCCCGCGCCGGCCCCGCCGCGCCCGCGGCCGGCCCCGCGGCCGGCGAGUCGUCGCAGGAGGACGACGAGGAGGAGCUGGAGCUGCACGAGGAGGAGGCGGACGACGACGAGGACGACGACGACGAGGACGACGACGAGGACGACGACGAGGACGAGGACGACGACGAGGACCUGCGCACCGACUCGGAGGAGUCGCUGCCCGAGGCCGCGGCGGGGCCGCGGAGCCCGGAGCUGGCGGCCCUCGGCGCCCCCGCGCCCCCCGGGCCCGCGCCCGCCGCCGCCUCCCCGUAGCGGCCGGGCGGUGGCGCGAGGGGGGCCGGCGGCGCCCGGCGCCCGCGGGGUCUCGCCUCCUUAUUGUCCUCUUGCUGUGCAUUUUGUAAGAAACGGUAUUUAUAUGUCAGGCUUCCCUUGUACAGAGCUAGGUGUGCGCCGCGGUUCCGGCGUCGGGAGGCGCUCCGGGCUCGGGGCCCCCGCCGGUGCUUCCGGACCCCGAGUCCGUCUCAGGACAGAGGCGGGGGCCUCCCUCUGGUGCUCCGGGGCCGCCCCGCGCCCGCCCGCCCGCGUGGCAGCCCAGCGGCCGGAAGGACAGAGGCUGCCGGUGACCGUCCUCCGGCCGCAGUUCGGGGAUCUUCUUCAGGGAAACAGAAGGUGCUCUUGUCCGGGGCGGGAAUGAGGAGCGGGGGUCCCGGAGGGCGAGGCGGGCGCCGAGCCCGGGCGGCUGCCCCGAGCGCCCUCCCCGCGCCGGACCCCGCGCCCCACGCCCGCGCCGGUGGGAUUCCUCAUUGCUCAGGGCUGGGCCGGGCGCGGGGGUCGCCGGCACCGGCAGCACCUGGCAGGGCCUCCGUUUCGUGCAGCUAAGACCCUUCCUCCCUCCUGGCCCUGGGGGUGGGCGGGGCGGAAGGCGUGAGCACGGGUGACACUACAGGGACCGCGGAGGGAGCCUCCUGGCGAUGGCAGCGCUGGCAGCCCCGGGUUGCUCGGCCGUCGCGGCGGGGCCCGGCCCGGGCGUCUGCUCCGAGGGCUGGGGCCUCCCGGCCCGCGCUGUGCUCGUUCACAGAGGGAAGAGCAGCUGGUGCUGGGGCGCUGGGCCCGCAGGGGGUCUCAGCCACACAGGUGGUGAGAACAGGAAGGAUGCGACUGUUUGGGGCUUUAAUAUUCAACAUAGAAAAAAAAAAAGCGAGAAAGUUGUACAGUAUUUUUCCUGUAAAGGUUAUUAUUCUACACAGAACAAAAGAAAAAAGCAGGCGGGAGGCUAGAACCCAGACCCGCCUCCGGACCAGCCCUGAGGUUGGAGACCUGAGUGCAAUUGCUCACGUGGGAUUUUGUUUAGGUUUAGUUUAGAGGCCUUACCAGUUUGAGGCUGUCCGUCUUUACACUAGCACUGAUGGGAGCUGUGUGAUUCCAACUUUUAACUUGAAUUUUGUAGAGACAAGAAAAAAGGACUAUUAUUGUUGAUACAAGUUUGUAGUUAAUUUAACAUUUGAGUUUUUCUCUUGGUUAUGCGUGUGGCUUUAUAGGGCUUCCCCCCCCCCCGUUUGUUUUAUUUUGUUUGGGAUACUUCUUUGCUGGUGCAACCCACCUGGAUUUGGUUCUCUUUGCAAAAUAUCCCCCCCCCCCACCACAUACACACACCCACUACCCCUCCCAGCAAUGAGGUCCCUGAGCCCAGAGCGGGGGACGUGACCCCACUGGCAGGUACACACACACCUGGCCAGUGGCUCCAAGAGCGACAGGGACCGAGGGGGGCUGCCCAAGGCCCCUCCUGUUCCCGUUCUCUCCACUCUGGGCCACCAGUCCUGUCUCCGGGUGGACCCUGUGUGACGUGGCCACAGGGAGCACUCAAGGCCUAGCCUGAGGGACAGACUGUCACUCAGAGCCUCCUCCCCAUAGGUCUCCAGGCCAGACCCAGCUGGGGAUGGGGGGAAGGGGCAGUGGCUUUUUCUUUUUCCUUUUUUUUUCUUUUCUUUUCUUUUUUUUUUUUUUGUCCUCUUGGCUGCCCACAGCCAGAAAGCCAGGACCAUCUGAACUGGAGAGGGAGCCGGGAGGGAGGAGUGGUCAGAGAGUGUACCUGAUUCAAAAGGAAACACAUGGUUUUCUAGAACAGCCCCUACCAGAGCCUCCUGAAUUCUGUGGGCACCACGUGCUGCUGCUGAGCAUUCGCCCAGACUUUGUGCCCGACCACAGAACCGGGGAGUCUGUGGAAGGAGUUUUGUAAAGGAGAAAAAAAAAAAAUUUUUUUUUCAAUGUAGCAAAAUCAAAACAAAAAAAAGAAAAAAGAAAAAAAGAAGAUGCCGACAGUGCGAAGUCUAGCCUUUUGUAACCUUCAUAUUGCACACUAGGACUAUAAGCCAUUGCUAGCUCAUUUUGAAUUUUAACGUGUAAUUUUUGUUUUAUUUUCUUUCCGUGGGGAAAACAAUGCUUGAUCCACCAAUGCUCUUUUUAAUGUUUUAUAACUAUGUAUGUGUAUAUAUAUAAAUAUAAAAUAAUAUGUAUGCACAUAUGUGUGUAUAUAUCUAUAUGUAUAUACAUAUAUAGAUAUAUAGAGAUAUAUAGAGAGGUUUUGAGACGAAAAUGCAAAACGUGAAAACCGAACUGAACAGCGUGUGCUCUGAUUACUUGAAUCUGGUCUCCUCGGCACCUGGUUAUUAAGAACUGAAUAUUUUUCCACUUGAAUUUAGUGCUAUUAGAAAUUUAAUAUAUGUGUUUUAUUUAUUUGAUUUUUUUUUUUUUUGCAUGACUGAUGCAAGGUUUGACAUUUUCACUCAAUAAAAACUGGAAAAAACAUCUAUCAAGUUAGCUUUUAUUUUUAAACUCAGCCCCUAGCGGCCAGGGGUGACCCAGCUGUGGAGGGCGGCACAGCCAGCAUGGCCGAGCUCCAUGUGCCAAGUUGGGGAGGGGAGGAGGACGUCGGUCACCCUUCAACCCUGGCAGGGAAGGGGGCAGACCAGCUCUGCCCCUGGGAUGGGGCCAAGCUCUCCCAGGUUGCUGGGGACAGAGAGUGGGGGGCUUGGGCCCUGCCUGGCCUCCCUCCCUCCCCAAACCCACCUGAAGUCCCCUCGGAGACUCAGGAGCCGCCGUGGCCGCGGUGGACGGCCUAGAAGCCCUGGGCCCGGACAGGACUCCAGAGGCUCCCAGGCCUGCAACCUGGCCAGCCCCCUCCCCACGCGGCCAGGGCUACCGGGCAGGCGCUUGGCAGGGUCAUCCCUCUGCCUCCUCCCUCGGCUCCUUCCUCCUUCCUGCAGGGACCUGCCCAGGCUGGGAACGGCGCGUACCCGGAUCCGAUCCGGAUGCUGGCUCAGCUCCUGCCUGGAGCACGCGGGGGCAGCGCCAAAGGGGGCCAAUUCCUGGGUCUACAGUCACCAGCCCCAGGCCUGAGCCGCCGGCCCUGGUGGCACGGUGGCUGGGGCGCCCUCAGAAGCUGGGCACGAGCGCUCCUGCCAGGCCCCGCCCAGAGCGCGGGCCUCGCCUCACGCCUGACACUUUGAGGUGGUGACCCGCUUCUCAUUAAACCUCGUCAACUGUGCCAUCUUGCCAGCCUUGCCCUGAGCCAGGCGGCCAGGCAUCCCAGGGCCCCCGGGAGGAGAAGUGACGAGUGCAGGGCCUUCCGCCUCAAGGAGGCCCUUGCUGGAUGUCACACCCCUGCAGCGAGCUCACCCCUUUCCUGGGGAGGGACCGAGGGCCUGGGAAAGUGAGGUCCAGCCAGCGUGUCCCCCAGCUGCCGCCUGGGCCGCAGGGGGAGUGGGCACGGGGGCUGCCCGGCUCCUGGGGCCCUGCUCACUGUCAUUUCCUCCACAGAAGCCUCGUUUCCAGCCCAACCCAGCACCAAGGGCCCUUCCCUUUCUUCUCUCCUCCUGGAACGCAGCCCACAGGCUAUUUACAUAAAUAUGUUUGUAACAGACAAGAAAAUAUAUACUUUUUUCUGUCUUAUUAAAAUGUUCACGUUGGAACUUG